AUGACAAAGAAAAAACCCUCGCCGCAAAAUCGCAUCUGGGAAAAGGAACGUCGUGAGCGACUCAACAAAACAUUCGAAGAUCUUCAGCGACUUCUGCCCGACAAUGAGCCAACGUCGACGCUUAGUAAAGUGGAAAUUCUCCAGCGGGCAAUCGAGCUCAUUGGUAAACUACAAAAAAAGAUUAAGGAUCUUGUGGAAGUGUGUAACGAUCCCUUGAAAGAGCAUGUAAAGGAGCAGGAACACCGCCUGAAGCGUUUAUUGGCAAGGAAUGAGGAGCUCGCAGAUUUAUUGCGGAAAGCCAAAAUAAACAUCCCGCCCUGCAAGUAUACGAUAGUGGAAGAGGAGCUCCAGCGAGAAAAUGAGGAAAAAGAGAACGGCAAUAGACACAAGAAGGCGGAACCGAAGCAACGUCGCUCGGGGGCUUCUCCUAAAAAACAACCUGUGAUACAAAAGAAACCUCCGCCCGGUGAGGCGGUGUCGGAGGGGCUAGCUAUAAGUGCCGGAAACAGUAUUUCAACAACUAACUCCACUGAGUGCGGCGUUGUUAGUAGUUCCUACUCCAGCAACAUACAAUCUACGCCUUGCCCAUCUGCCCUAAGGCACAUAAAUGGUACCGGUGGUGGGAAUAAUGUAAAUGUCACACCAGCUCUCCUUCCAACACCGAUAAUGACCACGAGCGUGUUGAUAUCGAAUAACGGAAAUCUAGUGCAGGUGCCGAUCGUCGCACCGCCCUCGUCCCUUUUAAUCGUUGGUAACGAGGAUGUUCGAGCGAAAAUUAAUUUAAAAAAUCCUCCACUCGAUGGAGCCCCGUCGAGGUUUAGGGGUAGGCGGGGAAAGUUCGCAAUAAAAUCGAUUGACCUCAUCCCAGGCCGGAUAGUGAACGGUAAAAUUCCGAUUCCACCGCUGAGGCGUAGUAUGAAUGAAGCUUCCAAAAUACCUAGAUUGAAGCGGAAAAAAUCGCUCGAAAAGUUCAAGAAACCACGGAGAGCUAGUUUGGAAGCUAAAAAGCAAAAGAAUGACGGCCCACCAAACGCUAAAUAUGCGAAACUUGAGACAGUUGAAAAGCAUAGUAAUGAGAGCCAAUUGAACAGUAAUCAACCGCAACCGAAAGGACAUGAAGGACCGUUCGUUACGGAAGCGAAUCACCCGUGUGCGGGAUCGGACAAUACUAAUAACGUUCCAAAAGAGCGACAAACCAAUGUCGUUCCGAUCGUUAACGAGCAACACGAAACGCAUAUGGAUAUAAACCUGAAUCAUACGGAUCUAUCGGAGGACAUCUUCGCCAAUCUGCAAGUCCCUGACGAAAACAAUACUCAUGGGAAUAAUGACGAUGGCACGUUAUCUCCAACAGCGGCGUAUCUUAUGAACUUCCCGCUUGUGGCUGGUGGAGGCAAAGCAGCAGCAAAUCAUGUAGAAGCUGGCGAAACGGAUGAAUGUCACGAUGGGACCACUACCGACCAGCACAUUUCGAAAACGGAUCCUUCAGUUAAUCUACAAACGAUCGGAGGCACGGAUAGCGGUAACAUGUUGUUGGACAAUUUCUCUUCCUUCUUCAAUUACGGUCACAUUGAUGCGAUGGGAGGAACAAAUGCGUCUUCAGUGUUACCAGACAUUUCAAGUUUGCCCCCUUUGCCGGCAUCAACAACAAGCGCGGCGAUGGUGCCCACAACGACAAUCACAACGGUCGCUUCGUCAGCGAAGGAUAAUGGUGGUUUUUCAAAUUUUCCAACCAUUUAUCAGUCCAUCGACAAUAUGCUCGAGCAUCGCCCUGCUCCAAUAAAUCGUCCGGUGAUCGGAUCAGGCAACAGAUCUCUCGCACCGGAACCAGAUUUCUCCGACUGUGGAACGUUCACCUUCACGCUAACGUCCAGCACCUGCACCGCACCUACGACGGUACAGUCCACUAUCGCUGCAAAUCAUUACUACGGUGGUACAUGUGGUCCUCUUAACCCUGUGAAAUCCGUCGUAGUGGAUGAUUUCAGCACGCCAUUGAAACCAUCAAUUGAGUUUACUUUUUCGCUAACCAGUACAACGGCUUCACAACCAAGAACGGUUCAGUCGCAGUACACCAACAGCACGAUUCUAGCGACCACGAUGACCACGCCGUCUUACGACACGUACGGAUAUUAUCAUAAAAAUGUGUCCAAACCUAGCAACUAUUGCGCAUCGUUCAAUGUGCUCGAUCCGCUGCUAGCCACGGAAAAACCAGCGACCAGCUUCACUUUCAGCUUGACUUCAUCCACGAAAACGGAACCAUCUUACGCGCAGUCGUCCCUGGUGACAGUGUCUACAAAUACGACGCAAACCUGCGAGGCGGCACCGAAGUUGGCCACCAAACACCAUCAACCAACUCAACCGUUGGUGGGUUGCGUUCAACCUAAGCAAGAGUCGGUUCAAAAAACGGUAAAAGCAACGUACAAGCCUGCCGGUGCUAGUACAUCAUACGAUACGCUCCCGAAUGCGUUACCACAGCAGAAUCAAUUACAAUCCCAUCAGCAAACUUCGUCCUCUGUGGCGUCGUCGACGAAUCAGCAUCCAUCGAAGUACGACGUGUCCUGGAUGGCUGCUGGAACGCACAAUGGACAUUCGGUAUCCUCGUCGCAAAGCAACCAGCAGCAGCAACAGCAGCAGCAAAUGUACGAUCUGGUUCAACCGCAAAUCAUUCCCUCUCUCGAUUUCCCUCCGGCAACGGGUUACGCUUCGUCAAACAACUACAAGUCGGACAUAUUCUUCGCUCAUCCACCGGGAGAAGAUCACAACCUGACGUGGUCCUCUCCCAGCAAGCUGUCGAACAUACUGAACGAUAGCUCAUCACCGUACUUCCCUCCCGUGACGUUACCUAACCUAAACGGAGAUUUGGCGCUGAAUACUUCCGGCAGCGGAAGUGCACUUGGUGCUGGGGGCAACAACACCACGAACAGAAGCAGUACGACGGUUGCAAGUUGCAAGAUCGCUUCAAAUCAUUCCAAGAAGAACCCAAGCGGAACCUCCAUUGCCCAGAGUGGUGCUGGUGCGGUUCAGAACGAAUCAACAACCGGUAGCAGUUUCCUUUCCGUCAGCCAGCUCGUGAACGAACCGUCUAAAUCCGUCUCCUGUAACAGCAACAUUGCUGCUGGAAGUGGCGGUAACAGUUCCUGUCAGCAGAAACCAGUGAACAACAACUAUUCCGCUGAGGCACUGAUAAGCAACACGCACAAUUCCCAAUCGGCCCAUUCGUCUGUAGGAUACGAUAACGGACGAAAGGAUAAAUUGUUUGAUUAUGGAAGUGCGCCAUUGGACGGUGUAGCUCCGUGUACGUCGAGCGCCUUAACGUUCAACUUCGACACGUACGGCAGCUCGUGCGGGAUGGAUUACAAUAAGGGAUACAAUUUUGGAAACCAGCAAAAUGGGUACGUUUCCUCGUUCGGAGAAACAGGAUACACCGUCCCGUUGGGGGCGUCUAGUUGCGUUGGGUCCAACACAGCCGGAUCUUCUGGGCUGCCGUACUACGGAAAAACGGCUUCUUCACAAGCGUACUACAACCAACCGAGUUCGGGAGGCAUGCUGGCAGAAACGAGUUCCACAACUGUGGCAAAUUCAACCCAUCCACAACCGGCUGCGGGUUGUGCUCCUGUAGCACAAGAUUUUACGCCCUACUAUCUGUCAUCUUUUGCCGAGAAGUGUCUUCCUGGCAAACAGUAUCAUCCCGCAUCGCAAAUUACUUCCUCGGAACAGUCCGUUUUGAAGCCCAGAAAAGGCCACAAAUCAAACCCAGUUGUGCCCGUUGUGGACUACGUUUUUCCACCCCCGGUAACUUCAGCCACCGUUGCAACGGGAACGCUAAAUGCCUCCUCGAAUUACAGCUAUACGACGAUAGGUAAUGUUCCAAACACACCAACGCUCGGUACCACCGGAUCGACGACUCAGAUAGAUCCUUUAGCGUAUGGCAACUAUCAUCCACAUUCCCAUCAUCAUCAUCAUCAUAACCUGGAGCAGCCACAGCAACGAGUGUCCAACCAGCAGUAUGGAGAGGUGGCAUCGGAAUCCUUCAACACGCAUUCUUCAGGAACGACUCCUCGGAAAGCGACCACCUCGUCGUCUAGCUAUAAUUACGUACAAUAUUCUUCAUCAGCGGCAGGAUUCAACUCGGCCAAGACGGAAAAACCCCUCACACAAACCGUCCACCAUCAUAGCGGUCACCAUCAUCAACAGUCGGGGUAUACUCCAGCUGCCGGGAAUAAUUCCCAUCAUUUAGAUCUUUCCUCGUGCAUCAAUACAGCUCCUGCGGCUGGUUUCGCAAACCUAGAACCUGCAUCGGUUCCUCAAAGUUCCGUUAUCCACGCACAGACGCCAGUGUCUCAUAAUGCACACCACUAUCGAGAACUUCAGUCCCAUCAGCAAGGACAUCAUAAUCAUCAUCACCACCAGUACCAGCAGCCGCACUCUCAGCACCCACAGCACUCGGAUGCGUUGCAAUCCUCGAACUCAGCGAUAGCUACAACGGCUGGAAAUGGUUCUGCAUCGAAUUCCGCCACCGGAAGCAGUGGAACGAUAACGAACUUCAACCUGAGCACGAUUUGUCCCGAGAUCAACGAAAAAACGGGUCGCUCGAGAGAUGGUCCGGCAGCUGCGGGACCACCAACAGUUGCUCCUAGUAGUGUCGCUUCGAUCAUGACCCAUUGGUGAAGAUAUCCUUUAGACUAGGUUCGUGAAAAGUCGCUAGAAAAGUUCACCUGUGUGUGGUGGAUGUGUUAAGGAAACUGUGCCGAUGGAUGGGUUCAUCGAAUAGGUAGAUUAAUUCUAAAGCAAAAUACCCAAAAGAAGGUUGUGGUAUCCUUGGCAAGUAUCUUGAGCGUCGGUCACAGCAUCGGUUGCGUUAUGUACAAUCCCC